CAAAGUCCGUCUCGCCUCUGAAUCUUUGUCUCUACCUUUCAAAUCCACAACUGCUCCCUGAUAAGUCGAGGGUCUUCUGAUAUCACCUCUUUAGCGCAUCAUUGCCCGAACCUGCGAUGUCGUCCGGCGAGGUUCUCAGGGCGGAGAAAGACUUCUCAAAGGAUACCGACAAGCUCAUCCCCGAGGCCGAAGCUCUUGCAAAGACUAAUGUGCAGGGCGCUAUCGAGAAGCUUCUCGUGCUUGAGAAACAAACCCGACAGGCAUCUGAUCUAGCUUCAACGUCCCGAAUAUUGAUCACAAUAGUCACAAUAUGUAAAGAAUCCGGCGACUGGAGCUUGCUCAACGAGCAAGUCUUGCUCUUAUCGAAGAAACAUGGCCAGCUCAAGCAAGCAACAACGAAGAUGGUACAGGUCGUCAUGAAUCUUUUGAAAGAUACGCCCAAUAUCGAUACAAAGCUUAGCGUCAUCGAAACUCUGCGGACAGUGACUGAAGGCAAAAUCUUUGUCGAAGUCGAACGUGCAAGGGUGACUCGUAUCCUCUCGGACAUCAAAAAGGAGCAAGGUGACAUCGCCGCAGCGACGGACAUUCUAUGCGAGCUACAAGUUGAGACCUUUGGGUCAAUGACGAGGAGAGAAAAGACCGAGUUCAUCCUGCAGCAGGUUGCACUGUGCAUAGAGAAGGGUGAUUGGACUCAAGCCGGUAUACUAAGCAGGAAGAUCAGUACGAAAUACUUUGCGCGAAAGCCAAAGAAGACCGAGGAGCAGCUGAAACAGGAGCAGAAAGAGCGGGAAGAGAAGGAAAAGGCCCGUAGCGUGGACGAUCCACCAAUCGAGCCUGAAGAUGAUGUUACUGAUCUCAAACUCCAAUACUACGAACAGCAGGUCAUGCUUGCCAAACAAGAAGACAAGUAUCUAGACGCUUGUAAGCACUAUCGACAGGUUCUGGACACUGAGGCCGUCGAGGAGAAUCCGGAGCAACUCCGUGCAGUUCUUUCCCGUGUGAUAUAUUUUAUCAUACUCGCACCGCACGACAAUGAGCAGUCAGACCUGCUGCAUCGCAUUCACAAAGACACAAGAAAUCAACUAUUAGUGCCAGAAGACGCCGCACUUUUGAGACUGUUUACAGUCACUGAACUCAUGCAUUGGUCUGAGGUCGAAAAGCAAUUUGGGCCCCGCCUUGUAGGUACCGACAUCUUUGAUGCAAAGGCAGGUCAAUCAGACGAACCAAAGGCCUUGCAGAGGUGGAAAGACCUGAAGAAGCGUGUCACGGAGUACAAUGUCCGUGUCGUUUCGACGUACUACACCCGUAUACGCAUGCCUCGUCUCACACAACUUCUGGAUCUCACGGAAGACGAAACCGAGAAGUUUAUCAGCGAGCUUGUUACUGCUAAGACCAUCUACGCUAGAAUCGAUAGACCGGCGCAGAUCGUGAAUUUCGCGAAGACUAGAGACGCCGACGAUGUAUUGAACGAAUGGAGUGGAAACAUGAAGAGUCUUCUAGGUCUGCUGGAAAGGAUUGACCACCUAAUCACCAAGGAGGAAAUGAUGGCAUCUAUCCAGCCAACGAAAGUUGAGAAAGGAAGGACCAAGAAGACAGCCAAAGCAAAGUAAUGGACGCCUAGAGAUGCUGGCUACUGAGCAUGGAUAUAUAGAGCAAAUGAUAACCCAAUCAACAGCAUGCCCCGCUAUAAAAGAGGCUGCGAGAGCAUAUGGUAUCCCUUAGAACAAGGUUUAAUGCUAUGUCAUAAUCGCUGGCGCCUAAAGCGACCAUCUAAAUUCACAUCUAUCGUAACCGUUCGAUCGAUCAAAACGGAACGUCCAUGUCUUCGGCAUUCUCUUCUGCAUUGUUCGUACCACCUCUACCCAAUACUUCCUUAAUGAACCCUAUCAACGCACCGACAUAUUGCUUCUGACUACUAGGCAAAAAGUGGCCACCCGGGUGAUACACAACUCUGUCCUUACUGUCCUCAAACUGCUCCAUCAAUUUCAAACUCCUUUUCUC